AGAGCGGAAGUCAUGGGAGCUGUGCCUUGCGUUCCUCCUCACCCUCGUGUUGCUGUUCGGCGUCAUUGCCUGUUUCGUCUUCCCGUUGGUCAUCAAACCCGGAGACAAGGAGCACAGCACUCAUACUAUGACGCCGACAUCGGGGCCCGAUGUCGGGUACCGGUUCGACCACGGGGCAGUAGCCGCCGAUGCUCAGAUCUGCUCGCAAGUCGGCAGAGACCUUUUGCAAGAUGGCGGGUCGGCAGUAGACGCAGCAAUCGCAGCCAUGCUCUGUAUUGGUGCUGUUCAUCCUUCAAGUGCAGGGAUAGGAGGUGGAUUCUUUAUGACUAUCUACGAGCGAGAGAGCGGUAUGACUCGGGUUAUUGAUGCCAGAGAAAGAGCCCCUUUUGCCGCCAACGAAACCAUGUUCGUCGAACAUCCCGAGCUGUCAUUAGCAGGUGCAUUAAGCAUCGCGACACCGGGUGAACUCCAUGGAUACAAGCAAGCUCACGACCUCUACGGUGUACUGCCAUGGAAUCAACUUUUCCAACCCGCCAUCUUGAUUGCAGAGGAAGGAUACCUGAUCGAUAACACCAUGGCAGCUGAUAUCGUUUAUAACGAAGACUACAUCAGGGCAGAUGAGGGCUUAAGCUCUCUUUUUGUCGACGGUGAUGGUAAUCUGAAGGCGGAGGGUGAUCUGGUUAUGAAUCCUCUACUAGCGGCAACCUUGAGAAGACUUGCUAAUGAAGGGGUUGAUAUAUUCUACACGGGAGACAUUGCUCAAACCCUGGUCGAAGAAACACAGAAUAUAGGAGGUAUCCUCACCCUGGCAGACAUGUCAUCUUACGACGCCCUGGUGAAAGAACCGUUACAGGUCAACGUGUUUGGUGAUCUCACUGCUUUCACAGCCCCACCCCCUUCCAGUGGCGUCGUGGCCCAAAUGAUUAUGAAUAUUAUGGAUGAAUACAGCUAUGCAGCUGAAGAUGUAUCGACGAUGGAGGGAGAAACACUGUUGUAUCAUCGUUUCAUUGAAGCAACAAAGUUUGCCUUUGCCAAGAGGGCGCAGCUUGGAGAUACAGAAUACGAACCGGUUCAAGAUCUGAUUGGGAAUAUGACGUCAGACGAUGUGGCUUCUCUGAUUCGCCAAACUAUCAAUGACGUGAGGGUGACGUACGAUAACGUCACACAAUACGACACGCCCUUUGCAAACACCUUUGAUGAGGGUACGUCACAUCUGUCCGUAAUCGCGCCGAAUGGAGGUGCUGUGGCAAUGACGAGUACAGUCAAUAAUGGAUUUGGAUCGAAGUUCAUGUCGCCGACGACUGGUGUCGUGCUCAACAACCAGAUGGACAGUUUCUCGACUCCGGGACUUCGAAACUCGGACGGCAUCGCGCCAUCUUCUCCAAAUUUUAUCAAGCCUGGAAAACGUCCCAUGUCAUCGAUGAGUCCUACCAUUCUAUUGGCUGAAAACGGUGACGUCAGACUGGCUUUGGGGGCGUCAGGUAGCUCGCGAAUGAUCACUUCAAUCUCAUUGGUUAGCUUGCGAACUCAACGUUUUGAUGAGGACCUUCGUGACGUCAUCAAUCAACGUAGACUCCACCAUCAGUUGUCUCCAAAUUACAUCCAAUAUGAGGAAGGAUUUAGUGAGGAAAUUUUGUCGAGAUUGGAGAACAAAGGCCAUGAAACUUGCCUUCAAACAAGAUAUGCUGUCGUUCAGGCCAUCCUACGCAGUCGCGAGGGCUCCCUCUACGCUUUCUCUGAUCCAAGAAAAGGAGGAAUCGCAGCUGGCUUUUAAGACAUUAUUAUGCACAAAAAUAUAUAUCAAAUCAGUAUUAUGAAGAAGCCGUGCAGCUAAGUAUAGCCAUUGCACUUUGAUAGUAAAAACCGAUUGAGCAGGGUUGCCCUCUUUGUUAAAGAAUAUUAACUUUAGGCAUGGUUGUAUAUUUCCACUUUGUUUUGUUCUUUUAACUCUUUUAUCUUUUCUUUCUUCUUCUUCUUCUUCUUUUCCUCCUUCCAUUUCUUCUUCUUUUCCCUUCUUUCCCGUAUCCUCUUAUAUGAAUUUUCCAUUGUCGCUUUCUACUACUUGUUUCUAUACCUUCCCCCUCUCUGCCUUUACUCUUCCUCGUUAAAUCUCUCCCACUCUUAAUUUCAAUAAGUUACAUUUUGCAAACGGUACUCAUUACUUUUCAGUUUUACUCUCGAUAUUUUCCACCACAUACACUUGCUCCGUUUAUUGCUUACUUCCGUCCUUCUUCUUUCACGUGAUUUCAGUAGAACUAUGUUACUUUAUGCUAUUUAAUUCAGAUUUCUUUCUAAUUUGUGUUUCCAUAUUCUCGUAUUUAUACUGAUUUAUUUUUCAAAUUCAAUAUGUCAUGUUAUGCUAUGUUAUAUAUUAUAUUAUAUGUUAUUCAUUUUGUUUGUAACCUUUUGUAAUUCGGCUAAACGCCGCGAUGACAUUUUUGUUUGAAAUAAACCAUUUUGAAUUGAAUUGAAUUUCACAGCAAAAAUGCUAUACUAGUACAGUAAGCUUUAUGAGAUAACUUGUUUAUGUUUAGCACAAGGCUAAACUGCCGAUAGGUCUGUUUUAAAGCAGAUUCAACGUUGUUGUUUUUGGUAUAAUAAAACCUGUUUGUCUUAAUAAAGAAGGGCUUUAAUCGAAUACUUUUCCAAAGAGUUAACAACAUUCUGGCCCCAUCAGGUCUCAUGAAAUGACUAAAAAUGUUAUAGUCCAUUAUUUAAGACAACUGUUCUGUAUUCAAUAUCAUUUCGCACAGGGUAUAUGAGGCAUAUAGGCCUGUAAAACUUUUCUUCAUUUUACCGAAAUAAAGUUUAAAGAACUUAAAUGUUUUCUGGGAAUAGGUCCAUGCGAUGUUGCACAUUUUUUUUCUUCGGGUGCUAAUGGAAAGGAAUUACAUAUUCUAAAUGGGGUACGCCCGUACGGGUAAAUUAUUGUCCCCCUCCCCUCAUGUACCCGCCACUAGUUGAGUUAUGGAACAUGAUUAUAGGCUUGUUUCAUUUCUUUUAUUUAUUUACUUAUUCUGAAUACAUAUAAUACGAAUCAAUAUUAUACUAAAACAUUAUCAAAUAAAGAAAAUGUAAACUUAUUUCAAAGAGAACUGGCCAGGGC